AUGCCGGCUGCCGAUGAAGACUUUACCGACUCCCAAUCUCAGGGAAACACUCAGAAGGAAGGAGGUGAAGUCAUCUUGUCGGCAUCGCUCCCUGAUGUUGCACCGUUUGUGGCACUUAUGAAAGCAAUCAGUGGUCUUUCCAACACAGCCAGCCUAAUCUUCUCUAAAGCGGGAAUACAGAUCGAAGUUGAAUAUAAGAGAGCUCUACAAGCCACGGCCUACCUUGCGAGUUCAUUGUUCGAUGAAUGGUUCUUUGAACCUCCUACGUUGGAUAACGAAGACGACACUAUGGAGCCAGGAAGUUAUACUACAGAGAUCGAAAUCAACCUGGGUAUACUUAAUGAGGUCCUCUCGAUAUACGGCAGUAGCGGUGGUGGCUCUUCUUGGAGGAAGAAAGGCCGAGGCGAUGAUAAUGAAGACGAUGAGGAUAUAAGGGGUCCUCUGGAUCGCUUCAUGAUACCAAGGAAGGCGGCUACGAGCAUGCGAAUGAGUUAUGCGGGGGAAGGUUAUCCCUUACGGCUCUCACUAGCAGAGAGUGCCGAAGGUCCGACGACCGUCUGUCAGAUUCAUACGUUGGUGUCAGAAAGGAGAAUGGAACUCACAUUUGACGACGAGGACAAAAUCGUCAAGAUUAUCAUGAAGUCCACCUGGCUUCGCGACGCCCUCUCGGAAAUCGAUUCCUCAUGUGAUUACAUUACCAUCAUCUGCAACCCUCCUCAGAAGGUCACGCGUGCUGGAAAAGGACGAGAAGAAGCAGUUGACGAUAGCUUCUUUCGCAUCGAAGCAAGAAUGCAAAGAGGGAGCGUAGAGAUGGACUAUCCAAACGAUCGGGAGGUCCUCGAAUUUUUCGAAUGUGGAGGACCUGUGAAAUUCAACUAUUCAUUUGACGUGAUUCAGCGAGCUGUUCGCGCUCUGAGCGUCUCCGUCAAAGUGUCGAUUCGGAUUGACGGUGAUGGAGUUAUGAGUCUGCAAUUCUUGAUGCCGACCGAGUCAUCUGGCGAGCGAAAGACGUGGAUGGAAUUUAGAGUAAUUCUUGGCGAGAGAUGA